AUGCUUGCUGUGGGGGCUCGUCGUGGCUGGAAGGCUGGAACGACGGACAUCAAGGGGGCCUUCCUGAAUGCCCCGUUACUUCAGCGGACCAAAACCAAAACAGAACGCAUCAUUUUGGACCCGCCGAAAAUCCUGUCCCGAGCUGGAAUUAUCCCUCCGUAUGAAAAGUGGUUGGUGACCCGUGCAUUAUACGGGUUGGACAUUUCGCCUAAGAGCUGGGCAGUGUUUCGAAAUCAACAACUUAAUGGCCGAAGAUUUCAGAGUGGAGGAGCGUGGUACACCUGGCAAGCUUGUCGCACAGAUCAAAAUUUGUGGAGAAUUUUAUCCGAGGAUGGAAGAUUGUGCGGCCUGGUUUCCAUCUAUGUCGACGACAUUUUGGGAGUCAUGGAAGAUGGGGUACUACAAUCGUGCUUCAGCGAUCUGUCGCAGCUCUGGGCAUGCUCUACACCGGAGUACGUGGCCCAAGGAUCUGUUCGUUUUUGCGGAUUCGAUAUAUCAGAAGGAUCUGAUGAUCGCCGUGGAUUUUUGCUCCGGCAGGAGGCGUAUAUCGACGAAAUCUUGGAACGGUUCGAGAGCGAACAUCAAGGCAGCCUACGAACUUCCAAGGUUCCUGCGUUGAGGUAUGAUCUUCCUCAUGACAAAAAGGAGAUGGAUCCUUUGCAGGUGAAGCUGGCCCAAAAGCUGAUUGGUGAGUUAAAUUGGAUUGGAACCCGUACAAGACCUGAUAUUAUCUUUGCCAUCAGCAAGGCGGCUCAAUGUAUCACCAGGGAUGCUGUUUUGGCGGUGGAAGCAGCAACUCAAAUCUUCAAGUUCCUCAAAGCCACCAAGGAGGAGGGCCUUCGCUAUGUGGCCAAUCCGGAUUCUUUUGGGAAGCAUCAGGAGUUAAGGGUGCCUAGAAAAGAGGCGUUGGUGGAGGUUUUUACUGAUGCCAGCCACGCUCCCGAUGCCGGACGUUCCCAAGAAUGUGUACAUGUUUUUGCUGCAGGCCAAUUAAUUGGUUGGUCGUCCAACAAGCAAACUAUGACCAGCCUCAGUACAGCAGAAAGCGAACUGUGUGCAGUGUUGGAAGGGGUAGCUUAUGGUGAGGGAACCAAAUGUGUUUUGGAAGAAAUCUUGCAGGUUCCUGUUCAGGCUGUGAUCUACUGCGAUAAUGCUGCUACGGUUGCCCUAGUCACAGGAAGCUCCAACCUUUGGCGGACCCGAGGGUUAAAGAUCAAGGCUGCAGCACUCCAGGAGCGAUUACAAUGCGAUAUUUGGCAGAUGUAUCACCUUGAUGGUGUUUACAUGACCGCAGAUUUGGGCACAAAACCCCUUACUGCGAGUAGAGUGGACGAGCUGAGGAAGCUGAUCAACAUGGGAGGGCCAACAAGCUGUCGACCUCAAGCUAGCAGGCUGCAAGCGACGAACAUGCUGAAGAUUUUGGUUUGUUUGGCCAUGUUGAGUACAGUGGAUGGUGCAACAAUGGAACAAGCGAUGACACUGGAUGAUAUGGCGACCGUCGUCAUGUUGAACUUCGGGCAGACGGCGCUUUGGAUGGGCCUGAUUGCUAUGGUGCUCAGUAUCCUCUUUUUGUGGGAAACGGCAUGGUUUUUGGCAGGAUAUCAGAGGAUUAAGACCCGGUCCAAGGAAGACCAGUCCUCGCUACCGUCGUCUUCAGCUCCAACAUCCACUGGGAUGGGAACAACCACGGCCACUGGGACGGCGUCGAACGCAUCCACUGGGAUGAUCUCGAGCACGCCCCCUGGGAUGAUGCCGACUCCAUCCACUGGGAUGUCAUCGGCUCCUACGGCUUCUUCGUCGGCGCCUAUGCCUCCACGCAAGGCGCCCCCAGUCCGACCACCACGUUCGGUGGAGCCAGCCGGAUCCGAGGAUUAUUGGACGACACGAGGGGGAUGGCAUGUGAGGGUCCAUCGACAACCACGAAUCCAACUGUUUGACCCCUGCGAUGCUGCCAGACCCUUCGGGUUGGAGGAGUUGACUGGUGACCGCGUUACCUAUGUCACCUUUCAAAAUGAUGGUGAGACCCAGGUCAUCCGAGAUAUCUUCCGUUACAAGGUGGACGCCAAGCGACGACUGGACCGCACUUGGAAGGGAGUUACGGAGUUCGUCAUUUGUUGA